ACUCUGCACUAGUUUUAUUUAAAGAGUGAAUGAGGACAGCGCAGUUUCUCUGCUGUGGAUACCGUUUGAAUCAAAUAUGUCUCACACUGUGACUCUCGCCGGUCCCUCGCCGUGGGGGUUUCGUCUGGUGGGUGGACGGGACUUCAGCACACCGCUCAUCAUCUCAAAAAUAACACCUGCGAGUAAAGCAGCGUUGGGCAACUUGUGCCCUGGAGACACCAUCCUAGCCAUCAAUGGAGAAAGCACAGAGACCAUGACACACAUGGAGGCUCAGAACCGCAUUAAAGCCUGCACAGAUCAGCUUGUGUUGGCCAUCAGCAGAUCUGGAAAGGUUUGGUCUCCAAUUGGAUUAGAAGAAAACAAGACGAGUCCAUUCACCGGCACACUGGAGUCUGAGUCACAGACUUUUCGACCAAUCAGCAGCGGCUAUAGCCCCACUCCCAUGAGUCCGUCCCCCAAGAGUCCCAUCACAGGCGGUGUGCCCUACAAUAACGGCACCUCCAGACCUACCUACAACAAUCCAGCUGGCCUGUAUUCACAAAAUAAUGGAAACGGUGCCCUAACAAAGCAGAUGGCCGGCCUCGGCCUAGGCUCCCCCCACAGCCCUGAACUGCCAGUGAAUUCAUCAGGCAACCGCAACGGUUUCGACCCACAGUCAGAUGUCUACAGGAUGCUUCAGGACCAUGAGGAACCUGUGUCAGCUCCCAAACAAUCUGGCUCCUUUAAAUACCUGCAGGAAAUCCUGGAAGCUGAGGAUGGGGGGACCUCACCGGUGGACAAACCCAGUGUCAGAGGCUUGCGUUCCCCUGUCAAAUCUCCCGUGCCAAAGCUGGGCAGCCCCAUACCGGCUCCUCUGGCACCAAUCCCUGGUUUACAGAAGCUGCCGCAGUGCACACGCUGCGCAAACGGCAUUGUGGGAACCAUCGUGAAGGCCAGAGACAAGCUCUAUCACCCCGACUGCUUCGUGUGUGACGACUGUGGGCUGAAUCUAAAGCAGAGAGGAUAUUUCUUCAUCGAUGAGAAUCUGUAUUGCGAGACGCACGCCAAAGCCCGAGUGCAGCCUCCGGAGGGGUACGACGUGGUGGCAGUGUAUCCCAACUCCAAAGUGGAACUGGUCUAACACACACACACACACACAGGUUUCCCUUGAGGAUUCAGCUUGGCGAAGUGGAAAUGAGAAUAACAAACUGAAAUAUCUUUUUCAAUUCCUGCUCAACUUUAUCCUGGACUCGCGUUCUGUAGUUUCGUAACCUGCAGUUACCCUCCUACUGAUAUCGAGCAGCACUUAUUUCUAGGUUAGAUGGCCUUACUAACAUUCGUACAGAGCAAUUCUAGUGUUGCUUUAAGUUUAAAACACAAGAUAGCAGAAUAGACAAAACAACGUUCCAGAAGAACAUCUGUUCACCUAAAUUCCAGUGGCACACCAACGAUUUAUUUUUCUGAAAGCUGUGGAGAACUAAUAUGCUCAAAAAUGCCACGAAGAAUGUUUCGAGCCAUGUGGAAAAUGGAAAUGGUAUUCAUUUAUUCAGAACGUUUGGGACGGUAUGUUUAUUCUUUGGCUAAGAAGCCAAGACGUGUUUUUUCUAGCUUCCAUUGCCAAACCCCGCUUCAUCUUUGCAGAAGAUAAUGAGACUGUAGGAAUGGAAAACUGCGUUUGAUUGGCUCGGAGCAAAAUUAUGCUGUAUCUGUGUUGUAUGUGAAUGUAACCUGACACGUAAUUGCUUUUCUGAACACAAUUUCUGUCACAAAUAUGCAUUUUUUUCAUUCACAUCAGCUAUCUUCAUGGUAAAUCAACCAUUUGAAGAGAAUAUUGAUAAAUGAGGCUUUUAUCUAUUCAGCAUGUUUUCGGUCACAAAUCUAGCUCGCUGAAAAAAAAAUGGUUUUAUGGCACAAACAUUUCUAGAUAACUCUAUCACUCCCUCUCUUGAGUACUGAUGUUCAGUAACACACGUUAUGUUUAAUAGCACUGUGUGGUUGAAAUGCGUUGGCCAAGCGAUUCGGACUGCGUUUGCAUACAGUAUGUGAUUGAAACUAGAUUUUUCUAUUAGAUUUUGAUGGUUUGGAUGACUUCAUGUAAAAUGAAACCAGAAUAGUAAAGUAGAUAUGCUUUUAUUUUUUUGUCUUUUUGUUAAGUGGCUAGGCUUUUGUAAAUUCUGUAAAAAAAAUGAGAAAUGUUUGUUUUUCUAGUUUUCUUAUGAAUGAUGCAUUGUGUGGGUUUUAGAAACGUGUAACAACUUUACUUUUUUGUCGACCUAAGAACCUUCUGUAAAUAAUUAGAAUGCUAACAGAUAAUUUUCCAACAUAAUGACAUUUGAACUGAAAACUGAAAACUGAAAACAGGGACUUAUAGUCAUUUUAAUGGAUUAUUAUGUCAUUCCAAACCCUUCUGACUUUCUUCCGUGGAACACAAAGGAGUUAAGCUACUAAAAAGCAGCAUGAAAGUAUUAUAAAAAAUAGUCCAUAUGACUUGUGCGCUGCAGUCUGAGUUCUGUGAAGCCAAACAAUAACAUCGUGUGAGGAUCAGACCAAAACUGCAGGCAAUAUUGUGACUCAUAUUCCAUUUUCAAAACCGCUUGAUAAUCACAACUAUUUUUUUCCUCUGGAAGUUUUUAUGGUUGUUUCUCAGUUACAGUUAUGGAUGUGCAUGCAAAGUUUUGCCAUGCAGAUGUGUUUUGGAAACGCUGUACAAACUAUGAUUCUCAAUUGUAUUAGGGGUCAACCUGAACCCCAUUGGUUUCCAUACAAUUUGCCAAAAAAAAUCAACACUCAACACAACCAGCAAACGGUCAAACAAGUCCAUCUAGCAUAUGUUUACAUAGAAAACAAUGCUAGCGCACUGGAAUGGAAAAACACGUUCAGUGUGAAUGCCCCCGAAACCGUUUAUUCAGAUGUUUCGUCUGCCAUAUCUCACAUAUCUUCAAUCUUUAAAUAUGACACAUCAAGACAUUGCAUCAGGAAUCACUGGUUCUCACACGAAGACCUUGAUGAGCUAAUUCAGCUGUGUUUAAUUAGGACAGAAGCCAGCGCCGCAGGAUAGUGGCCCUCCCAUUGGAGGUUUGGACACCCCUUUACUAAACCGUUCCACAGAAGAAAGCCAUGCAACUUUGGAAUCGCACAAAAAAAGGAAAGAAAAAAAAAACAAGCAGUUUUGUCUUGAGCAGAAUGCUAACUGAGUCUGUGUUAGCGCCUCCCAGAGCUCCUGUGGAUGCGUUCCCAAACUAUUGCCAAAUAACCAUUCGCUGUUUUCACAAGCCGUAUGCUUUUGCUUAUCAGAAACACUCUGCAUAAGUGACCAUCAUUAAAAUCUUCCACUUUCACA